UUGUUCCAUCUAGAUUUUUUUUUUUUUUUCUGACUUCUUGAUUCUUCUCUUCCUUCAGCGUCUUUAACCUCCAUUCUAGUGCCGCAAUUUAGGUUUUAUUCUUUUUUAUUCCUCUUCAGUUUCUUGAUUCUCGAUGUCGCCAGACUUGAAGUGGAAGGGAGAGAUCUCGCGUCUAAAUGCACUUACGUCGUCAGCUGAUCAUUCGCCUAGAUAAUUAAGGUGAGGUGCGUUGUAAUACUGCUUCAGAAUCAUCGGCUGAGACCUUGGUUUAGAGCUAAGAAGCAGUUCCUGCACGGCUUAAAGGUUCAAAGGCACACUGUUUGCUUUUUAAGAUAAGAUGCACUUCCUUGCAUCAUUUCACCAUAAUGUAGGUGGUACAUUUGUUUUGAAUAUCAUCAUCAUCAUCAUCAAAUGGAUACGAAGAAGUUCAUUCAGUUGGUCGAAGAGAAGAAGAAGAGAGUUUUGGAAAAGAAGGAAGCGCCUUUGAAAUGGGAACAGAAGUUAGAAGCUGCAUCCAAGGCAAAAGCUGAUGCUGAAGCAAAGGUGAAGAAGAAGAAGAAGAAAAGGUGGAAGAUGUCAGAUACUGAAAACAGUGAUGAUGGCAGCAGGAAAUCCUCAAAGAAGAGAUGUAAAAAACAACGGAAGCAUGACCACUCGGAGUCUUCAGGUGACAAUGUGAAGGUGGAGAAGAAACACAGAUAUAGGUCAAGGAGGAGAUUGAAUAACGAUAACAGUGAUGAUUAUGAAGACACCGAGUCGGAGAGAGGAAGGAAGAAACAUUCCAGCAAACACGGAUAUAAAUCAAGCAGCAAUCAUCAUUGCAAGCAUCAUCGCCGCCAGAUGUCAAGCAGUGAUGAUGACUCUUCUCUUAAUUCUUCUGAUGAUGAGAGAAAGAUUGAUGAUGGAAGAAGUAAGCAGUCUCGCAGGUCAUCAAGUGAUGACUUGGUGUCGGAUUUCAAUGAUCAUCUUAAGAACAGAAACCAAUCUGGAAGCAAUUUGUCUGAUGAUGAUCAUCAUCAUCAUCAUCAUGAUUAUUCUGAUGAGAGAAAGAUCCAUGGAAGGAAUGGAAGCAAGCACUCUCGCAGGCCAUCAAGUGAUGACUUGGUGCCGGGAGGCAAGAAAAAGUUUUCUGAUGAUGUGAGAGAGGAAUAAUAAUAAUAGUAUUAUGGCAAACCAAAAAACUUAAACUAGGCUGCCCCUGCCCAUCUACAUGAUUAUCAAUAGCACGAUGGGGAUGAUAGUGAUCUUCUUGCAGGUAUAGAUGGCUUCAAUUCAUGAAUCUGAUAGCUGAAUGAUUGAUUGUCUGAUUAUUCAACUUUCAAUCUCUUACACGUUUGUCUGAACAAUUUAGACAUGUUAAGCACCACUUGGAUCUUUGCCUUCCUUCAUCUAACUUCUGAUUAUUAUUUACGCUUUACUAU